GUAGUGUUCUUCAAGAUACUCAUUGGUGUCUGUCUUCUGAAGGUGUGCACAAGUUGUGAGGACAACGCAGGAACCAUUGGCUUUUGUGUGGAGUGCGGAGAAUGGCUAUGUAAGACCUGCGUGGAGGCCCACCAGAGGGUGAAAAUCACAAAGGACCACAAGAUUCACACAAAGGAGGAUGCUGACACUGCCUCUGAGUCUGUUGGUGCUUCAGGACAGAGGCCUGUUUUCUGUCCCAUCCACAAGCAGGAGCCACUCAAGCUUUUCUGUGAGACCUGUGACACUUUGACCUGCAGGGACUGCCAGCUGCUGGAGCACAAGGAGCACAGGUACCAAUUCCUGGAGGAGGCUUGCCAACACCAGAAAGGCCUCAUUGAGUCCAAAGUUGCCCAGCUACAGGAGAAGAAGAACUACGUCCAUUAUUCUAUCAACCAGGUUCAAAGCAGGUUAAAAGAGCUGAAUCAGACCCACAAGAAGGUGGAGCAUGAGAUCAAAAUUGCAGUAUUUACUCUCAUUAAUGAGAUCAACAAGAAGGGCAAGUCUCUGCUGCAGCAGUUGGAGGGUGUGACCAAAGAGCGCAGCAUGAGGCUCGUGGCUCAGCACAAAGAUACCACCCGCCUGGCCCAACAGAUCCACCAUGUGCUGAACUUCUGCCACUGGGCCAUUAACACUGGCAGCCACACUGCGCUGCUCUACAGCAAGAGGCUGAUCCUAUACCAGCUUCAUCAGCGCCUUCAGUCAGCACUAGAGCCAGUACCCAAAGCCAAUGGUGAGGUGCGCUUCUUCUGUGACCCAACCUUCUGGGCCAAAAACGUUGUGAAUCUAGGUAAUUUGUUGAUUGAGAAAGCACCUGCACAACCACCCAAUGUAAUGGUAGGAGGACCACCCAUUUCACCGGGUCAGGGUCACCCAGGCAAACACCAGGGACAGAUCAAUCUUGCCCAGCUCCGGCUGCAGCACAUGCAGCAGGCAGCCUACGCACAACAGAAACAACACCAUCAGCAUCAGCAGCAGCAUCAGCAGCAGCAGCAGCAACAGCACCAGCAGCAGAUCCAGCAACAGAUGCGCAUAGCCUCUCAAAUGUCCCAGCAGCAUGCCAGACAGGCCGGCCAACCCAUGGUGCAGCAGCAGCCUCCACGGCUCAUCAGCAUGCAGCAGCUACCGAGAGGGCCUGGGGGUAUGAAUGGUGGGCCAGGUCCUCCCAUGUACCCAAAUUCCCACCAUAUGCGUCUCCCGGGUCCAACGCAGGGGGGGCGAAUGCCAACAGCUCAGCCAAGACAUAACGGGCAGCAGUAUCCACCAAUGAUGCAGCCUCAGCUUCAAAGACAGAUGUCUAUAGAAUCUGAGAUGAGCCACCAAAGGUUUCGUUUCUUACUACAAUCAGGGCAUUCCAACCCGGGGCACGCAGGCCCUUUUCCGGUAGCAUCCCUCCAUAAUGCCAACCCCACAAGUCCCACCAGUGCCAGUAUGGCUGGUGCCCACGCCCACCGUGGCCCUGCCAGUCCCAUCAUCGGUCCUAUCGAGCUCAUCCCCUCCGUCACCAAUCCAGAGAACCUGCCCUGCCUACCUGAGAUCCCUCCUAUUCAGUUGGAGGACGCAGGUUCCAGCAGCCUGGGUCACCUCUUAACUCGCUACAUCUCAGCCAGCACACAGCAGCAGCUCGGCUCAGUGGACAUGAACCCCUCUCCUGGACUCUCGUCUCACUCUUCUGGAUCUUCAGGUCUGUCAAAUGCCCACACACCAGCAAGACCCUCCAGCACGUCAAGCACAGGCAGCCGAGGCAGCUGUAGCUCUGCAGGGAGGGCUGGGGCAGGAAGCGGAGCAGCUGUGGAGCAGGUGAAGGUGAAGCAGGAGCCAGGAACAGACGACAGCUACAGCUGCCCAGCUACAUCUAUGAAGACAGAGCGAGGAAAAGAUGCCGGGAGAAGUGCCUGCAUGAUGAGCAGUCCGGAGAACAGUCCCCUUCCUGUAGUGGGGUCUGUAUCUGCAGGCCUAGAUGCUCUCAGGGCUGUAGGAGAGCGCAUCAAAACAGAACCCACAUCUGACACUCCUUGUUCGGGACUUAACGGCUCCAGUGCCACAACCUCUUCCUCUUCCAACACCACUACCUCAUUAUCCUCUGAGAAAAGAAGCAGCACAGCGCUGACUAAUGGAAACGUUGACAAGGGGACGGAGGCCAAAGGAGGCGGUGCAGCUUCUGCAACGGGCAACUCUGGUGGGAAAGAGGAUGACCCCAAUGAAGACUGGUGCGCUGUCUGUAUUAAUGGUGGUGACCUGCUUUGCUGUGACCGCUGUCCUAAAGUGUUCCACAUGAAAUGCCAUGUGCCCACCAUAAAAAUAUUUCCAAAGGGUGACUUUCUCUGCACGUUUUGCCGGAGUGUCAACAUCCCUGAAAUCGAGUACUGUGACGACAGUAAGAAAAUCACAGCAGUGCAAAGCCUGAAUCCAGAGGACCAAAGGAGAUGUGAACGCCUCCUGCUGCACAUCUUUUGUCAUGAGCUCAGCGUGGGCUUCAGGGAACCUGUCCCUAGCUCUGUGCCGAACUACUACAAAAUAAUCAAGCAGCCGAUGGACCUGAAGAAAGUGAAGAAGAAGCUUCAGUUACGGAACUCCCAGUACUACCAGUCCAUCCAGGACUUUGUGUCCGAUAUGCGUCUGGUUUUCAAGAACUGUGCAAAUUACAACGAGAUGUCUCGAAUUAUCCAGGUUUAUGAUGAGGAGAAACAGAUUAAUAAUCAGGUGGGAUCAGAGAUGGCGAUAUCCGGCAAGGCAGUGAGCCUUUACUUUGAGGAGAAGUUAUCGGAGAUCUUCCCGGGGCAGAACUUCCCUGAAACACCCGAGUCCGAGUCCAUGGACACGCAGGCAAAGGAGGACAACGACACAGACGACUCCGAGGAGGACUUCAUACAGCCGAGGCGCAAACGUUUAAAAACAGAUGAGAAAGUGCUCCACAUAAAGUGAGAACAAGCCUCAAGAGAAACAAGAGAAGGGAAAAACUGUCUUCCUCAUGAACAACACUUCUUAUUUGUUUGAGGCAGCAUAUUAAAAGGACAAGACUUGCUUGUACAAACUGCUUGGUUUAUCUCAUCCUUGCCUUCAAAAGAAUUAUUCUCAAUUCCAAUAGACGUCUGCCUUCCUUAGAACUCUGGAGGACGGACACAUAGAAGAGCAGCAUCCCUCCGCAUUUCAUGGACACUCAAGAACUCGCCUGUACAGCGUUUUGAAGUAGGACUUGUUUUGCAGUAGUUAAUGAUUGGUUGUUUCUUUUCUAUCAUUCAUUUUCAUUUGUAGAGUUGUUGUGAAAGUUGCUUUAUAAAACAUUUUAAUUCCCUGUUUCCAA